AUGCUGAAGGUCUCCGUCGGCCUCGUGCUUCUCUGCGGGCUCCUCGGCUCCCUGGAAGCCCAGCAGCUCCUCAGUGAAGUAACUCAAAGACUGGUCAGCGCCGGCUUCCUGGCCACCGCGGGCUCCACCAGCUUCCAGAGGUGGCUCAACAGGGCCUUCUACAGGAACGCCAGCCCCCAGGACCUGCUGGGCAGUCUGCUCUUCAGAGCCAACGGGAAUCUGGGGAUACAGGUCAAAGACACUCAGCUCCUCCAAGUCUCCCUCGAGGUCAGCGCUGCCAGCAACGAGGCCUACCUGAGGGUCCCGCUGUUGUUUGGUGUGGUGAUCAACUCACUCACCUUCAACGUGAGGGCAGACAUACUGGUCCAGCUCACCCUGGAGAAGGAUCUAGAAGACAGAUACAUACUCGCCUUCCGGGACUGCCGGCUCUUGCCUCAGUUUUUGCAGAUUCAGCCUGAAAACCCCAUGCUGGGGGCCAGCUCUGGGGCCAUCUUCCUACAGAAAGCCAUGUGCCCAUCCAUCCACGUGGCCACCCGCACAGCCAUCUUCCCGGGCCCCAUCUGA